UUGUUUUUUAUCUUCUUGAUCUGUGUUUAGCCUUCCGUCUGUUUUUCUUGAAUUUCUUGAUUUCAAACUAAAAUUUGAAGCAAGUUUCUAUUUGAAAGAACAAUCCAAAUUAUCAAAUUCUUGAAGAACAAUCCAAAUUAUAUCUUAGCGGAAUUAGCUUGCAAAUUGAUUGAUCUAUUAUACGACAUACAAUUCAAGGUUUGAUUGAAUUGCAUUGGUGAAUUUGCAGCUUGUGAUUUGCUGCUACUGCUGUUGAUAUUAGUGUAACUUACUGGUGAAGAAGAAUUUGUAAUUGGAAAGCUCGGAACAAUGAGCGGUCACGAUUCGAAGUAUUUCUCAACUACGAAGAAGGGCGAAAUCCCUGAACUUAAAGAAGAACUCAAUUCUCAAUAUAAGGAUAAGAGAAAAGAUGCUGUUAAAAAGGUUAUUGCUGCAAUGACUGUUGGAAAGGAUGUCUCAUCACUUUUUACAGAUGUAGUGAACUGCAUGCAAACAGAGAAUCUGGAGCUUAAGAAGCUAGUUUAUUUGUACCUCAUAAAUUAUGCUAAAAGCCAGCCUGAUCUUGCUAUACUUGCAGUCAAUACUUUUGUCAAGGAUUCACAAGAUCCUAAUCCUUUAAUUCGAGCUUUGGCUGUAAGGACAAUGGGUUGCAUUCGUGUUGACAAAAUUACUGAGUACUUAUGUGAUCCCCUUCAGAGGUGUCUGAAGGAUGAUGAUCCUUAUGUUCGUAAAACAGCAGCCAUUUGUGUGGCCAAACUUUUUGACAUAAAUGCAGAGUUAGUUGAAGACAGGGGAUUUCUGGAAUCUCUCAAGGAUCUAAUAUCUGAUAAUAAUCCAAUGGUUGUAGCUAAUGCCGUGGCAGCCCUUGCAGAGAUUCAAGAGAAUAGUAGCAGGCCCAUUUUUGAGAUUACUAGUCAUACACUUUCAAAGCUGCUUACUGCUCUAAAUGAAUGCACAGAGUGGGGCCAAGUUUUUAUAUUGGAUGCUCUUUCUAAAUACAAAGCUGCUGAUGCCCGUGAGGCUGAGAAUAUUGUGGAACGAGUUACUCCAAGACUGCAACAUGCUAAUUGUGCAGUUGUACUCUCAGCUGUUAAGAUGAUCCUACAACAAAUGGAACUCAUCACUAGCACUGACGUUGUUCGAAAUCUUUGUAAGAAGAUGGCUCCUCCUCUUGUGACAUUACUUUCUGCUGAACCUGAGAUACAGUAUGUUGCUUUGAGGAACAUCAACCUAAUUGUACAGAGAAGGCCUACUAUCCUUGCUCAUGAAAUUAAGGUGUUUUUCUGUAAGUACAAUGAUCCCAUAUAUGUGAAGAUGGAGAAGCUUGAAAUCAUGAUAAAACUUGCCUCGGACCGAAAUAUAGACCAAGUCCUGUUGGAAUUUAAAGAGUAUGCCACAGAAGUAGAUGUCGAUUUUGUCAGAAAGGCUGUUCGUGCCAUUGGUCGCUGUGCCAUUAAGUUGGAGAGAGCUGCUGAGCGCUGCAUCAGUGUCCUGCUAGAGCUGAUUAAAAUUAAAGUUAACUAUGUAGUUCAAGAAGCUAUAAUUGUUAUCAAAGACAUCUUUAGAAGAUAUCCUAACACUUACGAAUCAAUCAUUGCGACACUGUGUGAGAGCUUGGACACUUUAGAUGAACCGGAAGCUAAGGCUUCCAUGAUCUGGAUAAUUGGUGAAUAUGCUGAACGAAUUGAUAACGCUGAUGAACUUCUGGAAAGCUUCUUGGAGAGUUUCCCUGAAGAGCCUGCUCAAGUCCAGUUGCAAUUGCUGACUGCAACCGUCAAAUUGUUUCUUAAAAAGCCAACUGAAGGCCCUCAGCAAAUGAUCCAGGUGGUCUUAAAUAAUGCAACUGUAGAAACAGACAAUCCUGAUUUACGUGAUCGUGCAUACAUCUAUUGGCGACUACUAUCUACUGAUCCUGAGGCUGCUAAAGAUGUUGUGUUAGCUGAGAAGCCUGUGAUUAGCGAUGAUUCGAACCAACUUGAUUCAUCUCUUCUGGAUGAGCUUCUUGCUAAUAUUGCUACAUUAUCCUCUGUGUAUCACAAGCCCCCUGAAGCAUUUGUAACCCGUGUAAAAACAGCAACACAGCGAACUGAAGAUGAGGAAUAUGGGAGUGAAACAGGGUAUUCAGAAUCACCUUCUCAUCCUGCUGAUGUUGGUGCAUCACCACCACCGAGCACUUCAAAUAAUGCUUCAUAUCCUGGAUCAAGGCAACCAGCUCCUGCACCAGCUGCGCCACAACCUGCUGCUCCUGUGCCGGAUUUACUUGGUGACCUGAUAGGCAUUGAUAAUAGCGCUAUUGUCCCCAUUGACCAGCCGUCUACUCCUGCUGGCCCUCCUUUGCCAGUGGUACUACCAGCCUCUUCUGGUCAUGGUUUACAAAUCAGCGCACAGCUAACACAAAAAGAUGGCCAAGUCUUUUAUAGCAUGUUGUUUGAGAACAACACACAGGUUUCCCUUGAUGGUUUCAUGAUUCAGUUUAACAAGAAUACAUUUGGUCUUGCAGCUGCUGGACCCUUACAGGUUCCACUAUUGCAACCUGGUGCAACAGCAACAGCCCUACUACCGAUGGUUAUGUUCCAAAACAUGACUACUGGUCCUCCAAACUCAAUUUUGCAAGUUGCUGUGAAAAAUAAUCAACUGCCAGUAUUAUACUUUAAUGACAAAAUCUCGUUGCAUGUAUUCUUUAUUGACGAUGGACGGAUGGAGCGUGGGAGCUUCCUUGAGACAUGGAGGUCUCUUCCCGAUUCGAAUGAGGUCUCUAAGGACUUUCCAGGUCUUGUAGUGAACAGCGUAGAAGCUACCAUAGAUCGGUUAGAUGCAUCGAAAAUGUUUUUCAUUGCAAAGCGAAAGCAUGCCAACCAAGAUGUAUUCUACUUCUCUGCUAAAAUUGCUAGAGGAAUUCCAUUUUUGAUUGAAUUAACCACAGCUGUUGGAACUCCUGGUGUUAAGUGUGCAAUCAAGACUCCGAGCCCCGACAUGGCGCCAUUUUUCUUUGAAGCCCUCGAGACACUCAUCAAGGGAUAGUUCUGUUUCUAUAUUUUUUUUUGCCUUUUUGUUUACGAUUUUUUAAACUUUUUUCGAUUUUUAUGUAAAAUCUGCAUUGGGUAGUGAGGUUUAAGCUAUGAUUCUGCCUUUUUUAAAAAUCUUUUUUAUUUGGUCUCUAUCUGUGUCAAUUAAAGCUUUAGAUUCUUGUUGUAUGAACUUUUGAAUUUUGGUAGUAACUCAAGCGCAUGUAUUUUCGUGUAUCAGACAAUUGGAAUUUUUUACGAACAUAUGUCUCGAUGUUCAUUCAGUAGCUAGAUCAGAUUCUGGCGUA